AUGCGUAAGUGUAAAAUUUUUGUUGGUAACUCUCACCCAGAGUUAGGUAACAUGGUCUGUCAAAGAUUAGGUAUUGAACCAGCUCCAUGUUCAUUAAAGAAAUUUGCAAACGGUGAAACCUCUGUUCAAAUUGGUGUCUCUGUUCGUGACGAAGACGUGUAUGUCAUCCAAUCUGGUUCUCCAUCAAUUAACGAUGAUAUCAUGGAAUUGUUGAUUUUAGUCUCUGCCUGUAGGGGCGGAUCUGCAAAGAAAAUCACAGCUGUCAUUCCUCAGUUUCCUUAUUCCAAGCAAUGUAAAAUGAAGAAGCAUAGAGGUGCUAUCACUGCAAGGAUGUUGGCUAAUCUACUGGUUAUGGCCGGUGCUGAUCACGUUGUGUCCAUGGACCUUCAUGCUUCCCAAAUGCAAGGUUUUUUCACGAAACCAGUUGACAACCUAUAUGGAGGUCCAAGCUUAGCUAAGUGGAUUAGAGAAAAUGUUGAAGACUAUGAAGAUGCAGUAGUUGUCUCUAAGAACCCAGGCGGCACUAAAAGAGUCACUGCUCUUGCUGAUUCUUUGAAGAUCAACUUCGCUAUGAUUCAUACCGAUCGUCGUCGUUCUAAGGAUCUGUAUUCUCAAAACAAGGAUUUACAACAGUUGAAAUUGAGGAAGCAAUCGAUGUUGAGGAAAAACAAACCUAUCGUGAGACAAGGUGAUCAUCCAAAUGAGGAAGAAAACAUCAUUCUGAGCAACGGUAUCCAAACUGCUAGAAUCCGUAACGGUCACGUUAUCGGCGACGACGAAGCAGAUGACGAUGAAGACGCCAUUUUGGAAUCUGACGGUGAGCUUCAUUCUAUCGACGUCAUGGACUCGCAUGGUUUAGGCGGUACAUACGACGCUGUCGACUCUGAAGACGAAGAAGAAGUGCCAGUUCUUUAUAGAGAACAAUUAAUUACAUUGGUUGGUAACGUUCGUGGUCGUUCCGCCAUUAUUCUAGAUGAUAUGAUCGAUAGACCGGGCUCUUUCAUUAGUGCAGCCGAACAUCUGGUCCAAAACUGUGGUGCUAAGAAGGUUUAUGUUGUCGCCACCCAUGGUAUAUUUACUGGUGACUGUUUGGAAGAACUAGAAAAAUCCGACGCCAUCGACACCAUCGUUGUCACUAACACAUAUCCUAUUUCAAGAGAAUGUAUAGCUGGGUCCAAGAAAUUGGUCACUAUUGAUGUCUCUCCAAUUUUUGCCGAAUGUAUUCGUCGUGAUCAUUAUGGUGAAAGUAUUUCGGUGCUGUUUGACUCUUUGGCAGCUUUGUAA